GUGUUCUAAUCAGAAGGUCUGCCCCAGCAUUUCUCAGGGUUGGAAGAGGCCGUGUACAGGAACAUCCAGGCCUGCAAGGAGCUCGCCCAGACCACUCGCACGGCCUACGGACCGAACGGAAUGAACAAAAUGGUUAUCAACCACCUGGAGAAGCUGUUUGUAACAAAUGAUGCGGCGACUAUUUUAAGAGAGCUGGAAGUGCAGCAUCCUGCUGCCAAAAUGAUUGUGAUGGCCUCGCACAUGCAAGAGCAAGAGGUGGGAGACGGCACCAACUUCGUGCUGGUGUUUGCUGGCGCUCUGCUGGAGCUGGCUGAGGAGCUCCUGAGGAUCGGCCUGUCGGUCUCUGAGGUCAUCGAAGGCUAUGAAAUUGCCUGCAGGAAAGCCCACGAGAUUCUCCCCAGUUUGGUUUGUUGUUCUGCAAAAAACCUCCGGGAUGUCGAUGAAGUGGCCUCUCUUCUCCACACGUCCAUCAUGAGCAAGCAGUACGGCAACGAAGCCUUUCUGGCCAAGCUCAUUGCUCAGGCCUGUGUGUCCAUCUUUCCUGAGUCGGGCCAUUUCAACGUGGAUAACAUCAGAGUUUGUAAGAUUCUGGUGCAGCAUCCUGCUGCCAAAAUGAUUGUGAUGGCCUCGCACAUGCAAGAGCAAGAGGUGGGAGACGGCACCAACUUCGUGCUGGUGUUUGCUGGCGCUCUGCUGGAGCUGGCUGAGGAGCUCCUGAGGAUCGGCCUGUCGGUCUCUGAGGUCAUCGAAGGCUAUGAAAUUGCCUGCAGGAAAGCCCACGAGAUUCUCCCCAGUUUGGUUUGUUGUUCUGCAAAAAACCUCCGGGAUGUCGAUGAAGUGGCCUCUCUUCUCCACACGUCCAUCACAAGCAAGCAGUACGGCAACGAAGCCUUUCUGGCCAAGCUCAUUGCUCAGGCCUGUGUGUCCAUCUUUCCUGAGUCGGGCCAUUUCAACGUGGAUAACAUCAGAGUUUGUAAGAUUCUGGGCUCAGGCGUCUGUUCCUCUUCGGUCCUGCACGGCAUGGUUUUCAAGAAGGAAGUGGAAGGGGACGUGACCUCUGUCAAGGAUGCGAAGAUAGCUGUGUACUCGUGUCCUUUCGACGGCAUGAUAACCGAGACCAAGGGAACAGUGCUGAUCAAGACUGCUGAGGAGCUGAUGAAUUUCAGUAAGGGAGAAGAAAACCUUAUGGACGCACAAGUCAAAGCUAUCGCUGACACCGGUGCGAACGUCAUCGUCACCGGCGGCAAGGUGGCGGACAUGGCUCUCCAUUACGCAAACAAGUACAACGUCAUGCUGGUGAGGCUGAACUCAAAGUGGGACCUCCGGCGGCUGUGUAAGACUGUUGGUGCUACAGCUCUGCCUAGGCUGACUCCUCCUGUGGCUGAAGAAAUGGGACAUUGUGACAGUGUUUCCCUCUCAGAAGUGGGGGACACCCAGGUGGUGGUCUUCAAGCACGAAAAGGAGGACGGGGCCAUCUCCACCAUCGUGCUCCGAGGCUCCACUGACAACCUGAUGGACGACGUGGAGAGGGCGGUCGAUGACGCUGUGAACACUUUCAAAGUUCUCACCAGGGAUAAACGUCUUGUGCCUGGAGGUGGAGCAACAGAAAUCGAGUUAGCCAAGCAGAUCACGUCCUACGGAGAGACGUGUCCUGGGCUGGAACAGUACGCCAUCAAGAAGUUUGCAGAGGCGUUUGAAGCUGUUCCCCGGGCACUGUCGGAAAACUCGGGGGUUAAAGCCAACGAAGUCAUCUCCAAGCUCUACGCAGUGCAUCAGGAAGGAAACAAAAAUGUCGGAUUAGACAUUGAGGCGGAAGUCCCUGCCGUGAAGGACAUGCUGGAGGCUGGCGUCCUGGACACAUACCUGGGGAAGUACUGGGCCAUCAAACUGGCCACCAACGCCGCCGUCACGGUGCUCAGAGUGGACCAGAUCAUCAUGGCAAAACCAGCCGGUGGGCCCAAGCCUCCCACUGGGAAGAAAGACUGGGAUGACGACCAAAACGACUGAGUGGGUUAAUUUUUGCUGUAGUAGUAGUUGUAGUGAACUAGGAAUUGCCUGGUGUUUUUCUUAAGUUAAGAAGUAUUGUGUUUCUGUCCUUGGCUGGACAAUGCAGUAAAGGUGUUGUUACUAUCAAA